AUGAUGUUGCCAUCACAGCGCAGAGAUGUCCGCGCUGUUGGGUUGUGGCACCAACAGUAUGCAGUAGCUGCAAAUCAUAAUUCCACCAGUACUUUAGAUUGCAAGAGUACCCAGACUGGCAGUGAAUAUCGAGGACAUAUUUCUGUAACAGUCUCCAACCGUGCUUGCCAAUCAUGGAGCGUACAAACACCACACCAACAUAGUUAUAACGCUAGCGAUUUCCCCGAUGCGUCUCUUCAAAACGCCAGUAAUUAUUGUAGAAACCCGAAUGGUGAUAAAGCUGGGCCUUGGUGUUACACGACCGAUACAGAAGUUGAAUGGGAAAUGUGCCACGUGCCAUUGUGUGACUGCAGAGCUACUCGGGCAGGAACGACAUAUCGAGGUCGAGUGUCAGUGACAAGAACGGGUAAAGAUUGUCAGGCAUGGUCCUCUCAGGCUCCACAUCCCCACCCUACCUACACGAACAGUGAUUUCCCAGACGAUACUGUACAGGAUGCAUCCAACUUCUGCCGCAAUCCAGCCACUGCCCAAGAAAAUGAUCUCUGGUGUUAUACAACUGAUAAUGCUACAGAAUGGGAAACUUGUGAUGUGCCUUUCUGUGACUGCCUUAUAACCGAACAUGGUCGAGAUUACCAGGGGACGCUUUCUCAUACAAAGAGUGGCAGAACGUGCCAACCAUGGUCGAGCCAAACACCCCACGUUCAUAAUUAUAUCAGUAGUAUUUUAUUCCCCGAUGAUUCGAUCAGUGAUGCCGGAAAUUAUUGUCGCAACCCCGACUUUAGCUGGAGUGCUGGUCUCUGGUGUUAUACGAUGGAUGAGGACAAAAGAUGGGAGGAGUGCACUCUACCAUUAUGUGAUACACCAGACACAGACUGUCAGGCUACAAAGUUAGGCUCGAGGUAUACAGGAACGGUUUCAGUGACCAAGAGUCAUAGUCCAUGUCUUCCAUGGGUUCAAUACAGGACAAGAUUCAUUGAUGCGGACUUUCCUGAUACAAAUAUGGAGGAAGCCCAGAAUAGAUGUAGAAAUCCUGAUGGACAGCCUGGUGGACCGUAUUGUUUCUAUAGCGAAUUAGAAUGGAAAUACUGCAAGAUACAAAAAUGUGAAUGCAAGUCUACACAAGAUGGUAAAGAAUACCAAGGACGACAGACAGAAACGUUGACUGGUAAGCGAUUUCAGCAUUGGUCGUCGGAUACUCCGCAUCAGCAUUCGCAUAAAGAUCCUUCAAGGUUUCCAGACGCUACGUUACAAGACGCUGAGAACUUCUGUAGAAACCCGGAUGACGACCACCCACAAGGUCCCUGGUGUAUGACGAUUGAUCCAACGAUGAGAUGGGAUUACUGCGACAUCCCUUUGUGCGAAUUCCACGAAGUAAAUGAAACCAGUACUUAUCAGCCGCCAACAACACCACCAACUGUCACUCCUGGGGAAUGUCCAUCACGAGUAGGGCGACAACCAACAGACCUUCCCCGUCAAGGUGGCUACUGGACUUUCCUCAUGUUGAACAAUACAUUUCCUUGUGAUGGCUUUGUGACUGGCUGGGAGUACUUUUACGUUGAUCCGGACACAGUAACGUAUGCCUCGGUCUGGAGAUUCAUAGAGGGCUUAAAGUUCAGACUGAUAAAGAAGACGUUCCUCAGUGGCAGAAAACGAGGACUGAACACGAUAUCGGUGCAAGACAUCCGUGUGAAGAAAGGUGAUUUCAUUGGAAUUCACCAUACAGAGAUGUCAAGGGGAUCGGGCCUGGCUUGGAGCGAAGAAGGUGAUCUCGUUACACGAGAUGAGCUGUAUGAAACAAUAACUACAGGAAGGUUUGAUGAAGAUUUUGUUGAAGGAAAUAUACUUGACUUUGCUGAUUGGGAACAGAUUCUCUCGACCUUUGCUAUUUGGGCAACUUUUAAAGGGACGGCAUCUAAUGCAACUCCUGUAACUCCUGUACUGAACAGCCAUCAUUCCUCAGCUGCAAUCGGUGAUGGUCCGUACUACAUUGAAUCCCAAAGCGUUCCACACUUCAGCAUGGGGUUCAAUGAUCACAAGGAAGGGUACCUCAUGCGUGAGGGCGAACUCUUUAUUCUACACAACCCUGGGCUGACAGGUGUUGGCAAUACCGUUUCUAUAGAAUCAAAGCAGUAUCCUGGAUUAUAUUUGCGUCACCAAGGCAACGAUGUGUAUCUCCAAGAGAGAACAAACUCGGACAUAGCCACAUCAUUUGAUCUCGAUGCAACGUUUAGAAUGAGACGAGAUCAUUUCCAACGUGGCUAUGUCACCUUUGAAUCUGUGAACCAAGGCAAUUUCUACAUUUACGAAAACAACCUGAAGAUACAGCUGAAGAAUAUAAACCAUCAGGGUAUGGCUUUUAAAAAUGCAACUGGCUUCAAGCUUAUAAUAGAAUGCAAGCUAUCAAAUGAGGGACACGAGUAUAUUGGCAGACAAUCCAAGACAUACACUGGAAAGCCGUGUCGGAGGUGGUCCAACGUAACAAAUAAACGUCUCGAUUACACAGAUGAUGAUUUCCCCGAUGCCUCCGUAAACGAUUCAGAUACCUACUGCCGUAAUCCUGACAACGAUGACCAAGGACCCUGGUGCUAUAUCGAGACUAUAGACUCCUUUAGUCCUGCCUUUGAAUAUUGUGAUAUCCCUUUCUGUGAGUGCUCGACCACCAAUGACGCUGAGAAUUAUCAAGGAAAGAUUGCUGUGACCAGCUCUGGUAAACCAUGUCAACGUUGGGACGAGCAGUGGCCACACGCUCACACAUACUCAGAUGCGAGCAUGUUCCCAGAUGCCACUUUACAUGAUGCUUCUAAUUUCUGUCGUAACCCGGGCAACCCUCCAGAUCACGGUGGGGCAUGGUGUUAUACGAUGGACCAGACUUCCAGGUGGGAGUACUGCUAUAUACCUCCUUGUGAGUUUGCCUUGCCUCAAACAAAUGGAAGAGCACCUACUCCAAGUCCAACUUCUGGUAUAGGAGAGUGCCCACAAUCUGUCGGUUACCCUUCGGUAGAUUUGCCACAUACUGACGAUUUUACCUGGGCUUUAAUCGUCACUGGACGUCCAUUUCCAUGCGACGCCAUUGUUGUUGGUUUUGAUCUCUACAAGUCUGACGCAAACGGAACAGUGUAUGCCGCAGUCUGGCGUCCCAUGGUAAAAGACAAAUACAAGCUAAUAUUCAAAUACUUGAUCCCAAAAGGGAAAGUCGGCUCAAAUCAUUUUGAUUUAAGGUCCGGUGUUAAUGUAAAACAAGGUGAUGUGAUUGGAGUUCAUUAUUCUUACCUGGAACACCCAGUACUACCGAUAGCCGAUGGUGCAAUGGAGACCGACCUGGAUGGGGUGGAGCUCACUGAAACAUUGUUAGUUGGAAGGUACGAUGAAGAUUUCCACGAGGGGAACACAUUCAUAUUUGCUGGCUGGUUUACUGAACAGAUGGCAAUUCCAAUAUCUGCACGCAUUGGAACAGGUUCCGGAACUGCAAGCGACCCAAAAUGUCCUCUGUCAAUAGGGCAAUUCCCAAGCAACCCCCACUCCUCGUUCUAUGUAGACAACAUGAAGACGACAUUUCUGAUACCACAGCUAUCUGCAACAUGUGAUGGUACUAUUGUACAGUGGAGAAUCUUCAUAUUAGAACCCAGCAGGCUGCCAAUGAUUUCUAUAUGGAGGAAUACUACAACAGAUGAAUCGUUUCAGCUUAUCCAUAUGAUUAACAUAAGCGCACUGUUAGAUAAACCUGAAACAACUGCGGGUGAGACGGUUGUAAGACAGAAACCUUUACUGGAUGUAAAAACUGGAGAUUUUAUUGGAAUUCAAUUUAGUAACAUAAACGUUAUGUUUGAAUCUGGAAUUGGAGGACAGAUACUUAACACUACAGCUGGGGCAUCUUCUAUUGAUCAAACGUGGUUCUCUUCCAUACUGGCGGUUGGUGAUGAAGAACGCUCCUACAAUUCCGGAGUGGUAUAUGCGUUUCAAAAUACGAGUGAAGUUCAGUUUAAACCUUCAUUGCUGGCAGAUUUAAGUUAUAAGAUAAAAGACAACCAGCAGGACAGCUUGGUGAUUGGCUUCUUGAAAAGUGCUGUUGGCAUAGUGACUGUAGCUGUAUCCUGUGUUAUCAUAGUGGUCGCGAUUGCCAUAGUAACUGUUGUAUGUAUCAGAUGCAAUGUAGUCAGUAGACUAAAAUUUGGUUUUGGAAUUCGAAGCUACAUUGAAGACAAGUUUGAAGAGGAUCCUGCCCAAAGUUAUGAUAAUCCAGCAUACGGAAAUACACUGAAAAUGGAUAAACAGCCAGGCGUUGUGUAAAAUAUAGUGAACAAACUACUAAUAUAAUCACGGUUGCAAAAUAUUUUACUGCGUUCUGGUACCAAUGACCAGUAAUGGAAAUCCUGGAAUCAACGUCGUUCAACUUCAAUUUCUAGAUCCCAAUAUUAAAAGAUAAGAGAAUAAAAUGUACAUCUAUUUAUUCUGUGCCAAAGUUUGGUCAAAAUAAAAUGAAUAUAAUGUAAAUAAAGAUCAGGGGCGUAGGAUCUAAAAUGAGACAAGGUACCUGGAGGUUUAACUAGGUUUACAAUUAAAUGGCACUUAUCAUAUUUGUAUCUCUCUAAUAUGGCUUAUUCAAAAUUAAUUAAAUUUCAGUCAGCUUUUCAAAUUAUUGGAAUGCCACAAAGUA